AUGAGACGGCUUUCAAAGACCAAGCAGAUAAAGCAGAGUCGAUUAAACGCGCCCGUGUCCAGGUAUGGGAAACAAGCCAGCACCCUCAAAGACUUUGCCACUGCUAAAAAUCACGCCACUGAAGCCAGUUAUCGCAUUGCUCAUUGCAUUGCUACGCAUGGAAAGCCGUUCACCGAUGGAGAAUAUAUUAAGGAGGCUUUUCUCAGUUGCUCAGAUGUGCUUUUUGAAAACUUGCCAAACAUAGAAACAAUCAAGUCAAGAAUCAAGGACAUUCCUGCGUCAGCUAGAAGUGUUCAGCGACGUGUCGAUGAAAUGGCAGAAAAUGUCAGAGAUCAGCAAACAGCGGGGUUAAAAGAUGCUACGGUAUUCAGCAUUGCACUUGAUGAGAGCGUGGACGUAAACGACAUCCCGCGUUUGGCAGUCAUGGCAAGGUACUGUGAUUCAUCUGUAAGAGAGGAACUCUGCUGCUUAAAGCCAAUGCCUGACACAACAAAAGGCGAAGACAUAGCCAAGGCGUCAAUUGAACAUUUUGAGGAUCGGGGGAUUGACAUGAGCAAAGUGUUUGCGGUGACAACAGAUGGCGCCCCCGCCAUGGUUGGGAGACAAAAGGGAGCUGUCAAAUUGAUUGAAGAAAAAGUCGGCCACCCCAUCAUGAAACUCCACUGCAUAAUACACCAAGAAAGUCUGUGUGCAAAAAUGUCAAAUUCAGAUCUUGGUGAAGUUAUGGCUACGGUGGCAAAGGUUGUUAACUUCAUAGUUAAACGAUCUGCGCUGACACACCGACAGUUUCAGUCCCUGCUCGAAGAGAUGGACAGCGCAUACAAAGAUCUCCCUCUCCACUCUGCAGUCAGAUGGCUGAGCAGCGGUAAAGUUUUGGAGCGAUUUGUCAGCUGCUUGGAUGCUAUCAAGGCCUUUCUGGCGGAAAAAGGCCAAAACUACCCAGAACUGGAGGACGAGACGUGGAUUGUGAAACUUAUGUUUCUCACGGACAUUACGGGACACCUCAGUGAACUCAACCUCAGACUGCAAGGUGCAGGACAAACUGUUUUGGACAUGUUUGACACAUGGACGGCUUUUGUCGGUAAGCUGGGAGUAUUCCCAAAGGAUAUUGCUACCUCCACUUUCCGCUACUUCAGACACUUGAGAGAGCUGUCCUCCCAGCGCAACAUCAGCACCGCUCUAAUAGCCACAUACAUGCGUGAGCUUGAGUCGGAGUUCACAACGCGAUUUGGGGAUUUUAAGAGGUACGGACCAAUGUUUUCCUUCUUGAUCAAGCCCGACAGCUUUGAUGGACAUGAUUUGGAUGUAUCUCUGAUGGACUGGAUGGAUGUACAGGACAUGGAAAUGCAGCUGAUCGAGCUGAAGAGCUCAACACUGUGGGUGCAGAAGUUUGCAGAACUCCGAAAACAGUUAGAAACCACAGCAGUGCAUGAUCACGGAGCCUGCAUCCUCACCUGCUGGACAUCUGUACCAGAGAAGUUCAGCUGUCUACAGAACGUUGCACUGGCUCUGUUGUCAGUCUUCGGUUCAACAUACCUCUGUGAGCAGAUAUUCUCACACAUGAAAAAUGUGCUCAGCCCCUCCCGCAGUCGUUUAACGACGGACCACUCUGAGGCAUGUUUGCAGCUUAAAGUGACGAACUACAAGCCCCAGAUAAUGGAGCUCAGCCAAGCAAAGCAGGGCCAAGGAUCACACUGA